AUGCAGUCUUAUUCUCGUUUUAUUACAGGAAUAAGUUCGUUUCGUAGUAGUAGUGGCGAUGAACGUUCAGGUUCGCGUUCGAGCGCUUUGAGUUCGUCUGACGAACCGGCCAACGUCGUCCUACCGUCAUCAAUUUCAUCGUCGUCGUCGUCCUCGUCCCUGUCCUCUUUGACGUUGUCGACGACGACUAAUACCAGCAACAACAAUAACAGCAACAACCUUCUCAUAGCUAGCAUCCCUUCUUACCAACACCAACAGCAACAACACCACAUUUCACCUACAGCGCACCAUCAGAAUCCGUCUCCUCAUAUACAGCAGCAACAGUCAAGUAGUAACUCAAAUUGUGUAGAACCGGUGCGCGUGUGGAGGGACCCCAGCCUGUUGCUGGAGUCAGAACCGCACGUACGCCACAUACACAGUGUGCAGCACCAGUCGCUGCUAAUGUCGCACCCAUCGGCGUUGGGCGUUUCGGGCCCGCCUUCUACCUCUGUUACAGCUGCCGCUGUGGCCGAAGCUGCGGCCGCGGCCGCAGCAGCCGCAAGUCACCCGGCAUCCGCGUCUUCACUUUACGCACCCUCCGUUGUACCACCUCCAUCUACACUCAUGUCUCCACAUCAUCCGCUACAAUCUGCGCCCCAUCCGCAUUCGCCCCAUCAUCCCCACGCGCAUCUUGGGCCUCCGCCACCAGGAUUGUAUCCCCAUCACGUCACAGAGAUGCUAUGGAAGCAACGGUAUCAGUUACCCGUGGGCACUCAUCUUCUUGCUCCUCAGACUGCGUCCAGUACCCAUGCGUCCACUGGUGAAGGUGGAGGGGUUUUGGAUAGUCGAGAACAGCAACAGAGAUACGCGGCACAACAGGACCGGCUUUUGUUACGGGAACGGCAAAGUCAGCAGGAAGCGGCGGCUCGGGAAAUGGAAAAGCAGCACCAAAAAGAGCGGGAACAACAGCAGAAAGAGCGGGAAAGACAGCAACAAGUAGAAAGGGACAAAAUGGAGCGGGAACAAAAGGAGAAAGAAAGAGAACAGGAGCGAGAAAGGCAAGAAAAACAGAGGGUGGAUCAGGCUGUGCAUAAACAUUUUGAAGAGUCGCUGAGGAGAGCGAGUCAAAAGAGGGAUCAGGGAAGUUGGAACCUCAUACUACCUCCACCACAACGUUCUGGACCAGACGAAGAAAGAAAAAGAUCCGAACAAGAACACCAACAGAGGGAGCAACAGAGACACAUGGCAAUGUUGCCUGACAUGCGUGAUAGAGUUUAUUAUCCAUCGAGUCAACGACCGCCCAGUUUACCUUCAAAAACGGAUUACCCUCCGCCAGCACAUAGUCGUAUUGGUGGUGGUAAAUCGACAUCCGACAAGCUUUCGUCGGUGCAUCAUCCAUCGCUUUCGAGGGCAGAAGUGAACAUGUUCGGUUAUCCGGCGUAUCAACCACAGAACGCUUUCUUCUCACCUGAUCAACCAAAGAACAAACUCGUGUCGCAGUCGUUAUCGUCGUCAUCGUCGUCGACGACGGGUGGUCAUGUGGUUUCGUCGAAAAUCGAUCACGUCGGUAGGGGAGACGUUUUACCUCCGUCUUCGGUCGCGAACGCCGCGAUGAUGAGUGAACUGAAAAAUUCUGUGAUCGUGAAACAUGACGCGAAAGCGCAACAUUUCGAUUCGAAGUCGUCCCCUAACCCGAAAAUGGUGACGCAUUACCUCUCACAAAACGCUGCUGUGCAGCAAGGACAUAAAAGCGCGAGUAUGUACGAUUACCGUAGUCCCACGCAAUCUCCGCAUCAUAUGCAGCAUCUUGGGGAUGGCAAAUCCGUUCAGCAGAGGCCAAUGGGUCAGACACCAAGUCCGCAUCUUCUUCAACAGCGACAGUCUCCGCAUCCGUCCCCGGCUGAUGCUUCACCCCAUCACCAUCAUCAUCAUCAGCAGAGAUACAGGUCGUCAUCCGAAUCGGCUAUCAUUUAUCCAUCAAAACCGUCCCCGGCAUCCACAGGCAAUUUCAAUUACCAUAUGCCACCAUCGUCGAAUUAUAGCGUCGGUAGUUCGUCGUCUUCGUCUACGUUGAAUAAAUCGAAAGUGAGCAGCCCUGCACCGCACCAUAUUUAUGGUAAACCGUCUGGAGCACCUUCGGUUGUGCGAGAAAUAGUACCAUCACCUUCUUCAUCGAACAAUCCUAUUCCACUGACGUCAUCGUCUUCGUCAAAACCUGCGAUAGGAUGUUGUGUUUCGCCAUCUCCGUUCCAACAGGUGUCUCAAUAUCAUCCCCCGCAUCAUCAACAAAACACGCCGCAGGCGGCGUCGUCCUGUUUGCCGCCACCACCUGCUCACAGCAGUCGACCAAACGUGUCGGACGCACGCUCUUACGACCGUAUGUUGUAUCCGGGGUCGGUAGCCGGUGGAAGUUUUCCUUCUGUAAAGACGACCUUGUCAACAACGCAACUGCACGGUACUUCGCCACCUACGGCUGCGUCGGCACCUUCCCCUAUUUCUCGUCAAAUGCAGUAUGGCUUACCCACCCGUUGUGACACCCUCACGACACAAGUUCAAGUACUCCAAGCCGUUCAGACCCAGCCCCUUGAUUUGGGAAUGUCGUCUGCCAGCAAGCACGAAUCUGCAAUGUCGCCGAAACGUAAAGCGAAUACCCCUGUGAACAUCACAAGUGGUCCAGGUGGUGCAGUUUGUCUCGAAUUGAAAAAGAGGCGCAUUGAAAACCAACCGAACACUAGUCCAUACCCCGUUUAUGUUGGAAGCACUCAGCAAGCGCCACAACUAGCUAGGGUAAGUGAACCGAGCCCGUUGAUUGCUAGUGCCGCCACCACGAUUACUACUGUUGUCAAUACGGCUGCGUACAAACCGCCACCAACCACUUCUCCCGCCGUUGUCGAUCAUCACAUCGUCCUUCCCGACGUAAGCGUCACCACUGUGAAUGUUGUGCCUGUAACCACAGAUAACAUGCCUAUUCAUUUGCAACAACCUCCACCGGCGACUACGCCAUCAAUGGCCUCAAGCCCUCCAGCACCGGCUAUCGUCUCUCUAAAUCCUCCCGAGCCGGCAAAUGGUAUGGUCACUAACACUCCCGUUAAACCACCUGUCACUCCUACGAGUGUAGAUUCAGAUAAAUCUAACAGUCCGGGUCCAAUUAAAACGACUGCUUCUACACCAAGUACUGGAAACAGCAAUCCAGUAGUGAGACAUUUAAAGAAAGCGUGGCUGCAGAGGCACACUGGCGAAGAUUCGGAAGAUACAACGGGCAUUACUGGUGGAGGUAGCUGUGUAACGUUACCCUUGAAUAUUACCAAUAAUAGUAAUAACUCAAAUAGUUCGAAUAACCAAACAAAAGAAUCGUCAGGUGGGACUUCGUCUUUGCUACAUAAUAUAGGCUCAAUGGCUGUGAACAGCAUUAGCAAGUCUACAAAGGCCACUUUUGUUGGUAAAACAUCCGGGAAAAAAGGUAGUAAAGACGCCAUUGCGACCAUAAACGGUCACCCUUCUGAUAGCGCGUCGAAGGGUGGCGAUGACUCUUCCAGUUCCGAUCCAGAACGGGGUCGAAAAUCUCCUCCUAAAAGAAAACCUCCCAAAGUAAAACGGAAAAAGGGAGGAGGUAGUACUGCGAAGAAACUUGUUGAAGAGCAGAAAAAACGUAAACUGGCGAGUACUAGUUCGUCAUCGGUGGUUGCAAUGAGUGAAAGUGGCAGUGAUAGUGAUAAGGAGAGCGGAAGCGAUAAGGACUCUGAUUCGGGAGCAAGCACAACAAAAAAAAGCUCUACGCCUGUAACGGCCGCUUCAACGCCUACCAGUUCAUCAACGAAAGAUAAGGAGCCUAAGAAACGUGGUAGAAGACCAAAGUCGUCAAAAAACGAUAAAGGAGAGGAGCCGCGCCCAAAAAAAACUAAGGAGGCCUCCAGCGGCACCGCAGUCCCAGACAAUAACGGCAGUGGCAGCGGUACCGGUGGUGGCAACGAUAGUAAUGUGCCCCCGCGCGACCCCUUUCGUAAACCACCAGUGGGGCAACUGAAGAGAACUGGCGAAAGUUUUCUUCAGGACGGACCAUGUCACGAAGUAGCUCCGAAGUUGGCGAAAUGUCGAGAGUGUCGAUGGACUCCAAACCAAAGAUCGAAAAACAUGCCCAAUAUUUUUUGCCGUUUUUAUGCGUUCAGGCGACUGAGGUAUACAAAAAAUGGUCAGCUGGCCAUAGCAGGUUUCUCUGACCCGUACAAAGAUGCUUCCGAGGAGGACCUAAAGCUUUGGUUGCCGUCGGUUGAUUCUCCUCCUGUCGAUCUUGAUAUGGAAAAGUCUAGGUUCCUUUUAAAACAAGUUGGCGAUCAUUUCUGUGAUUUAUUAUUACAAGAACGGGACGCUCAAGCGGAACACAUGUCUGAAGAUAAUAAAAUAGCGUGGAAAAGAGUGGUGCAAGGUGUUAGGGAAAUGUGUGAUGUGUGUGAAACGACUUUAUUCAAUUUCCAUUGGGCAUGUGGUAAAUGUGGUUUCGUGGUCUGUUUGGAUUGCUACAAAAGUCGGAAAAAUGGUACUGUGAAAAUAUGGGGAGAGACAUCCCAGAAGGAUCGUGAUGAUUUUUCGUGGUUGCUAUGCACAAAUCGACAGCCUCAUGAGCAGGAAAAACUAAUGUUAACUCAGAUCAUUGCCGGUCAAUCCCUUCAAAAGCUGGGUCGUAUGGUACACGAAAUGCGGGAAUUGUGGAACAUUGAACAGUACUGCGGUUGUCCUUUAAGCAAAGAAGUACAGCAGAAGUCAAACGGUGCCCGUAAAGAAAUCAUUAAAUCUGUUCUUAUGACUGAAAUUAAUGGACUCAAGAAAGAAAUAAAAGAAGAACCUGGAAUAGUGAACGGAAGCACUGGAACAAACAGCGUCAAAGAAGAGAAAACUUCACCGCUGAGUUGGCUUGCGGACGUUGCCCUUUCGAAUGAGGUAAAAAAAGAACACCUUCAUCAACAUCACGACGAUAGCAGUACCGAUUCUGAAGAUGGCAGUAACUUUUCGACGUUACGCGAAUUAUUAAUACGUCCAUCUCAUAAACAAAAUGGUAGCAGUAGAGCCACGUCCCCUGUCUCAAAUUCAACAACGAAUAAAUCAUCUAAAAAAUCGAUACUGCGAAUUGAUACUUUGGACGAUGUAAUAUCGAGUGUUAUCGAGGAUAGUGUGCCGAAAAGCAACGACAUCGGUUUAGAAGUGAAGCCUGAAUUAAAGCAUUUUGUACGAAGGUACAAUAAACAAGCGAAAGGUCGGAAACCUUUGCCUAUUAGGAUAAUGACGUUGACAGAGAGCAAGGUGCUGUAUCCGGAUGUACCUCACAGUUGGCUCUGUGACGGCAGAUUGCUCAGGCUUACAGAUCCAAACAACGUCGGAAAUUAUAAGAUUUUCCAGGAUCAGUGGAAGCGCGGUCAACCUGUGAUAGUGUCCGACGUGACACGUUCUUUGAAUAAAGACCUGUGGAACCCAGAAGCAUUUGCUCGUGAUUUUGGCGAUGAAAAGAAUGACUUGGUCAACUGCAUGAACGGCAACCUAGUUCCAAACCAGCCUAUGCGAAAGUUCUGGGAAGGUUUCGAACAUUAUUCGAAACGUCUUAAAGACGAACGGGGCAAUCCAAUGUUGCUUAAGCUAAAAGAUUGGCCACCGGGCGAGGACUUCGCUGAAAUGCUUCCUACUCGUUUUAGUGACUUAAUGAAGGUGCUCCCGUUAUCCGAAUACACCCAUCGAACAGGAAAAUUGAACCUUGCUAGCCGUCUCCCGGAAUGUUUUGUGCGUCCUGAUUUGGGCCCAAAGAUGUACAACGCGUAUGGUUCCGCAUUGCACCCUACCAAAGGAACAACGAAUCUCCACCUGGAUAUUUCAGAUGCAGUCAACGUGAUGGUUUACGUCGGAAUUCCGAAAGAUGGCGACGGUGAGGAGUACAUCAAGGAAGCCUUUCGCGCUAUAGACGAGGCAGGUUGCGACAUCUUGACAAGAAGGCGUGUCCGAGACAAAGGGGAACUUCCUGGCGCUUUGUGGCACAUUUAUAAUGCGCGCGAUGCCGAUAAGAUCCGGGAUCUUCUCAAUAAAGUUGUUGUGGAGAAAGGAGGCCGUCUCGAACCUCAUCAUGACCCCAUCCACGACCAGAGUUGCUACUUGGACGGACCUUUACGAGAACGGUUGUACAAAGAAUAUGGAGUCGAAGGGUACGCGAUAGUACAGUGUCUUGGAGACGCGGUGUUUAUUCCGGCAGGGGCGCCGCACCAGGUACGUAAUCUGCAUAAUUGUAUUAAAGUGGCGGAAGACUUUGUGUCGCCGGAAAACGUGGCCCACUGUUUUCAUUUGACACAAGAGUUCAGAGAAUUGUCCGAUAAUCAUUCGAAUCACGAGGACAAAUUACAGAUCAAAAAUAUAAUUUAUCACGCUGUCAAAGACUCUUUGUCAACGUUGUCGGUCGUCGUUAAUAGGCACAUGAGAAAUUCCGGCGAAAUCGAACAACAAAAUGGCACUGCGACCGUUAAGCAAGAGGAGGGUAGUACAGGAGGCGGUUUAUCUUCAGCGACUACAGCUACCACUACAACAAACGGUAAUGCGACGACCACGACAUCAACGACGACGACAACGUUAACAACAUCUGAAAGUAAUUCAUGACUGUUACGUGUGAUAUGAUGAUAAAUUGACUAAUUAAUAAAUACAGUGACGCAACCGUAGGUGUUCUUCGUUUUAGUGAUGAUAGACGUACAUAAAAUAAACAUGAUAUUUCGUUUUACGACUACUUUUUUGUUUCGUUUCGUUUUCAAUUCACUCUGCUGUGCCUGUUUACUAUAUUAUUGUACCCUACGAAGAAGAAGUCAGUAUUUAGCGCGCGAAACGUGGUGGAUGCGUGUCGUGCGCGUGUGCCAAUAAGACUCACGAUCAGUUUAAUUAAAUUUUACUGCGACCAUGAUCUCUUAAAAAAUAUUUCUUUUUUCGUUUUACAACGACGAUUUCUUCGCUAAUAAGACAUACACACACACACACACACACACACUAGAUACACACACUUGUUGCUGUUAACUGUUUGCUCCCAUUAUGUAACUAUUAUUCCCACUGUUAAUAUUGAUAAGGAAUAAGAAAAACAAAGAAUAAGCGAUACUUUUUAAUGUGAUCAAAAGUGUAGAAGAUGAUGUGUGUUAGAAACUUUAACGACGCAAUUCUAGUGAAGAAUAACGAGCCCCGGAAAUAAAUUUUUUGUGUGUGUGGUAAAAAUCUUAACAUGAUAAAACACUUCUGUUUGGAUAAUAUUAUUAUGUUGUACAAAUGGAAUAAUGCUUUUUAGAAUACAAACUGAUCUUCAUUUUUCAGUGUUGUGUCCGCAAGCGAAUUCUACGCGGACACCCCACACAUUUUUCUUCCACGUACUACACAUUCAUACACACACACACACAGACAAACAGAAAUAUACACGCUGACAUAAAUUGUUGUAUUUUGUAAAUAGACGUAAAACAGUAUAAUGCGUACGUUUAUAUCUUCUACUACCCCUUUAGCCAAACAGAAACCAUGAAUGAACAAGUACAACCCCACCCCCACUUUCUCUCCGAUUCCUAAAUAGUCCGAAUCUAUUGCUGUUUCCUUUUCCUCGGCAGAGGUGUAAUUUUUUGUACUGUGUAUAAUAUGUAAUUAUUACAUAGGUUUGAAUAAGAAAAUGUUUAUAUUUC